AUUUUGUCUAGCCCUUCAACCCGUGUCCCAUGAUAAAGCAAAGAGAGAAUAAAAAGGGAAAGAUAGAUACCUCAAUUCACUUGAGAAUUUUCAAUACCCACAAGGCCACAGAUCUCUUUCAAGCCCUCCUUUCAAGUGAUUCUAGUUAAAAAAAAAAAAAAGAAGAAAAAAGAUGGAGGAUCACUGCAGCCCUCUUAGCUGGGCUUGUUUCAACCAAGAUGAGGAGAUUGAAGAGUUGAGACAUUGUCUGUUGUACAUAACAGAGCUAGAGGCAACAAUUUUUUCAGCUAAAGAAGAGAUUGCAAGAAGAGAAGUUGAGAUUGUUCAUAUCAAAGAUCUUUUAAGCAGGAGUGUUGAAGAAAGAAAUGAAGCCAAAGUAGAAUGCCAAAAGCUAAUGCUUGAAAAAAUUUCUCUUCAACAAUUACUGCUUAAAAAACAGCAGAAGCCUCAAAAUCUGCAGAAUCAUCAUCAUCAUCAGCAGCAGCAGCUAUUGCUUCAGGAAGAAAUCCAAAAUCUCAAACAAGAAGCUCCUCCUCCACUCUCUGGAUCUUCUAGCAGUGAAGAUGGUGACUCUCAUAAUCACCUGACCUCUCUUGAUCCUACCAAAAUCACAGUUUCUUCACAGUUUAGUGAUCCAAUUUCUCAGCAGCCAUUACCAGAAGUGAUACUAAAAUUAGCAGCAGAUAGGCCAUUGCCUGAGAAAGGGAAGCUUCUGCAGGCAGUGAAGGAAGCUGGACCACUGCUGCAGACUCUUCUACUGGCUGGACCUCUCCCUCAAUGGCAGCACCCACCUCCACAACUAGACUCCAUUGAGAUCCCACCUGUGACCAUUUCUUCCCCAACAGCUCCACUAAUUCACCAAGACUCUUUCAACAAUUGGAGUGCUUGUUUGAGCAAGAAGAGGAGCCUGGACCUCUGUGAAUCAGGGCCUGAUUCUUCAUUUUCUCCUAAAACCAAGCAUCAAAUGCUUGUUCUCCAUUGACUGCAACUUUUUUAAUUAGUACUUAACAUAAUUUUCUAGUAUAUAUUUAUAUAUAUAUGCAUUGAUAAGGUAAUCAAGAUGGAAUGGAUAGCCAGAUCAUGUUCAAAUCUGAAAAUUUUUUACUCUAAUUUUUUUGCUUAGAAUGGAAAAUUCUAACUUGUCUAUCAUGUCAGAUGCAGACUUGAUUAUGUACAAUGUGAAAAUUUAUUCUGAAUUUCUUGUAAUUGCUUUUGCUUUUUGUUAUGGUAAAGUAUAAUAAUAAUUGUUAAGUAUGGCCA